CUAUUGAGUGUUUUCGUUGAUGCGUCAAGAUUCUCGACAAAAAAGUUGGCAACGCUGAUAGGUGACGUUUGUAAAGUUUGUGACGUGUCUAUGAAGAAUACCGAAAAUGAAGUCCUUAAUAUUUCUGUUGUUUUGUAUAAUUGUUAAAAUUAAUGCUCAGGGAAAUACAUUAGUUUUAUUGGACAACCAAGUUAUUCGGGAAACCCAUUCAAUAUUUUUUAAAUCAUUACAAGAUAGAGGUCAUACAUUAACAUUUAAAAUAGCAGACGAUUCUUCUCUAGUUUUAUCCAAAUAUGGCGAAUAUCUCUACGAAAAUUUGAUAAUUUUUGCUCCUACUAUAGAGGAAUUUGGUGGUAACUUGAGCGUAGAUACUGUUACCCAGUUUAUUGAUGAUGGCGGUAAUGUUUUAAUUGCUGGAAAUAGUGUUACUGGGGAUGUCUUAAGAGAAUUAGCCUCUGAAUGUGGUUUUGAAGUUGAUGAAGAGGGUUCAUUUGUUAUUGAUCAUCUAAACUUUGAUGCAUCAGAUGAAGGGCGACACACCAAAUUGGCACUCAGCUCAGAAAACCUAAUUGAUGCUUCAGUUAUUGUCGGCAAUAAAAAAAGUAUCAAACCUUUGUUGUACCAGGGAACUGGAAUUUUGACUGAUUCUGAAAAUCCAUUGGUUUUACCUUUGUUAAUUGCUGACAGUACUUCUUACAGUUACAACCCUGAUCAACCAAUCAAAGAGUAUCCCCAUGCUGUUGGUAAAGAUACAGUUUUAGUUGCUGGUUUACAAGCUAGAAAUAAUGCUCGUGUGGUAUUUUCUGGAUCCUUGGCAUUCUUCUCUGAUGAAUACUUUACAUCUGCUGUCUCCAGAAAACAAGGUAACUUAAAAUCAGACAAAUCCGGAAAUGACGAGGUUUCAACUGCCAUUACUCAAUGGGUAUUUAAAGAACAUGGUCAGUUAAGAGUAAAAUCUGUAACUCAUCACAAGGAGGGUGAAAAGGCUCCACCACAAGAUUAUACCAUUAUGGAAAAUGUGGUAUAUACAAUUGAAAUUGAUAUUUUGGAAAAAGGCCAAUGGAAACCAUUUACCGCCAAUGACAUUCAAUUGGAAUUUGUAAGAAUCGACCCAUUUGUUCGCACCACCUUACAACGUAAACCAAAUGGCCAAUAUGAAGCUAAAUUUAAAAUUCCAGAUGUUUAUGGUGUAUACCAAUUCAAAGUAGAUUAUGACAGAAUUGGUUAUACAAGAUUGUUUAGCACCACCCAGGUGUCUGUAAGACCUUUAGAGCACACCCAAUAUGAAAGAUUUAUUUCUUGUGCUUAUCCGUACUAUGCUGGAGCAUUUUCCAUGAUGUUUGGUGUAUUUAUAUUUUCAAUUGUGUUUUUGCACAUAAAAGAAGAUGAUAAAAAGUCAAAGAGUGAUUAGGUUAAAGUUUUUGUUAAUUUGUGAGCCACUAUAUUUAUGCUUGUACUUUUUUAAUAAAUUAGGUACUACAUAAA